AUGUGGUCAUCCGUCGGGUUUCGUGUCGCCCAAGCCAUUGGCUUCACUGGUGCCGCCUGGCUUUCUGGUAACAUCGCCGCGCUGAGCAUGAACGCGGUCCCAUCCCUCCUCCGAGCGCAGAAAGAAACCAAUAUCCCUCUAACAGCAACCGCAAAGCAGUGGCGAGGACUCUACGAGGCCGGCAAGGCCCAAAACCCCCCCGUCGCUGCCUUGACGGCUGCUGCUUUUGUGUACCUCGCCCUGUCGUCCCGUUCGGCGGCACCCCUGUUCCGUGCGGUACCGUGCUCGCGCGCUGGACUGUACACCACGGCCGCGAUUUUGACGAUCGGCAUCGUACCUUUUACUAUCGUUGCUAUGAGUAAGACUAAUGAUGCGCUUCUGAAGGUUGCGGGAUCAGAUGGGGGAAGUUCUGUGGCGAGCGAUGCGGAAAUCGAAGGGCUCUUGCACGACUGGGUCUCUCUGAAUCGAGUUCGAAGUUUUCUCCCCUUACUUGGGAGCUUGACAGCAAUUGCCGCCGCGUUGUUGUAA